UCAGAAGAGCAGAAACACGAUAGAGAGUGAAUUCAUAGAGCUCCGGUUUUCCGCACAAAACCGAUGAGCAAUAAAUAAGAGUGGCUGUUUUAUCCUGGAGGCGACCGGCUGAUAGUCUGCUGUGCGAAUAACGAGGCAGUGCCGCGAAUGUCUUAAAGAGAGCGACCUAGUCCGCGACUCAACCAGAUCGGUAACCCUAUUUUCUGUUCGGUUUCUAACAUGCCUUGUGUUUUAAUCAGUCGUUAAUAUUGGGGUCGUGAAUAUACUUGGUCAAAUCAGUUUUGAUAUAAUGUCAUAAACCAAUUGGUAUCAAUAACUCGAACAAUUGGAAGAAAGUUAUGUGAGAUAUUAUACUACAAUCUAACAGGUCGCAGAGUUAUGCACUUAUGCUUUGAUGGACAUGCGCGUUUAGACAGAUCUCGGCAUUAAUGGAACUUAGCCAGAAUGCAGGGUGGUGGUGGUCUCAUGUCUGAACUGCAAUAAAAUGCCCAUUUCUUUAUAUAACAAAUCACGUAGGUAGCUAGCUGUCGACGCUUUUCUUUACUCUUCCCUGUGCUGUUAACAGCCCAUUGAAAAGGUUUGUCGGUGUCGUGAGUUUUGCGUUCGCACAAGAUUUGCAUCAGCUGGGACUGGCAGAGGAAAAGUCCAAAUAAGUGACUUCUUGCUCUCUCCUUUUUCCUUUUUUUCCUGAACUCGUGCUCUUUGAAUAUUUCAGAGUCUCUCAUUUUUUUUUACUUGGCAUGCAAGAGAGAUGAUUUCGGUGUCCAAGUUUGAUUUUGAAAACCCAAAACAAUCUUGUUGCUGUAAGUAAAACUAGCCAUUGGUUGUAAAAGUAUCGUUGUAAAAGUAAAACUAGCCAAUAAGAUCUUGGAUGAUUUGAGUUUUGACAAUGUGGGUGAAAAAGAAAUAGUAAAAGCAAAGGACAAACUCUCUUGUUACACAAUUGAUAUCUUAUCGUUCACUUACAAAAAUUUAUAUCUUCAUGCAAUGUUAUCAAAUUUUCACACACAUUAUUAAUUUUUUCAUGCACUCUCUGCUCGUACAAUUGUACCGUAUAUUAUAUAAGUGAAGAUUAACGAGAGUGCAUGAAAAAGUAACUCGUGUGUAAAUAUAAGUGAGCCUAUAUAUGUGAAUAAUUAAUAGGAUUGUGUGAAAAUAUAAUUUAUGUAUGUGAAUGGUGAGAUUUCUCAUUGUGGCACAUCUAGAUUUGUUUAAAACAUGGUUAUAAGUAGGGGUGUGCAGCUCUUCGGAUCAGGCAAAACUAAUGAAAACCACGGUCCAAUAGUGAAAGACAAGUUAUCAUCAAUGAUCACACCAGUGCAUUCGAUCCGAUUUGGUCUGGUCCAAAUGUCAAUUCGAUUCAUUUUUCCUUCAGUAUCUAUAAAAUUGAUGGGAACAAGGACCAGAUUACAUUAUAUUGGGUUCAAUUUGGUUCGCUCCAAGUGUCGGUUUGGUUUGAUGUUGUCCAAUACGAACCAAACCGUUGCACACCCUAAUUAUACUAAGAUUGGAGGGGAAAGUGUCGGGGAGUAUAUACUGAUUCUCUAAUGCAAUUUUUUGCUUUAUUUUUUUGUUAUGAAACAAUGAGAAAUGUGGAAAUGCCAACAUAACAUUAAAGCUGUAAUUGACUUGAAUCCAGUUAAUGAGAUUAUCAAUAUUGUUAUUUUUAUGUGUACAACCAUCUGGAUCCAAAUUAAAUAGACCCAUUUAAGUCCGACUCAAAUGAGUUGACCCAAAUUAGAGCCAAUUCAAAAUCAACUCAAACCCAAAAUUAUUAAAGUGCAUUUGAGUUUAUUUGGGUCUGAUCCAAUACCCAUAUAAGUCAUGACAAUUGGAUAAAAUUAUCAAGGAGUUGUUGUGUAACGAGUUAAUAUAAAAGUGGAAUUCCUGACAAAAUGAGAAUGUGGUAUUUGUGAGUUAUUUCACAAUAACUACCCCUAUGAGGUAUUGACAAUAACUCAUUAAUGAGUUAUUUCAAAUUAACUCAAGUACAAAUAACUUAUAUCACCAAUUUUUAUAGACAAAUGGGUUAUUUGACUCAAAAUGAGUUAUUUGGUUGCAAAUAACUCAUCCAAACAACCUAUUCCUACGUGAGUUUUACCACUUGAAUAAGCAUAAAUGUAAUUUAAGGAUAAAGAUAAUGUUUAGGAAGGUGUGAGGUUAGCACAAGAAGCAGAUGAUGAUGUCAGGGAUACUUGUUGAAUUAGGUUUUAUGGUAGCCGUCAAACUUAGGGUUUAACUAUCUAUUGAAGGUGUUUGUAAGUUGUAAUCAUAGCAUACGAAUUCAGAAGAAAACAAGAUUGAUUUCUCCUCUUUGUAGAUGCAAAAUCACAAUAUAUGAACCCACGUCAAAUCACCAUGUUCUUUUUAUUUUUAUCAGAAAAGAAAGGUCUAAAAUUAUGGAAUAUGCCACGUCAUUAAAAAGAAGCUGUAGGCUGUAGCAGAGCUGCAUAGGUGAAGAAAUUGGAAGUUGGAACUUUUGUAGAGCUAAAGUGUGAGAGCAUUUGUUUUUUUUAGAAAAUUAUGUACUUAGAUUGUUUAAUAUUUUGCCAAAAAGAUAGUUUUUUUGUUUGUUAUGUACUGAGAAAACGUCAAUAUUAUAUUUUUUUAUUAAAAAUUUAUUUAUCAUAUUUUAAAAAAAAAUAUUAUCACGCAUCCAAGUUAAAAUAAAAUUUAUUUAUCAUUGUACAUUACUUUGGAUAUUAAAAAUAUUUCUGAUAAUUUAUCAGCUAGGCAAUUAAUUAUUUUCUUUUGAAAACUACGAGAAAUUUUUGGUAGAAGCUAGUUUUGUAAAGGAUAACGCAUAGCCAAAGCAGCCUAGGUUAUUCUUCUUUCCCACAUUUUCCAUCUCUUCAUCUAUCUUCUUCUUUCUUUUUUCCUUUUUGUUAAUUAGUUCUGAAAAUUCCUUUGGCAAACAAAAAAAAAAAAAAUAAUAAUAAUAAUAAUAAAAAAGCUUCAGAAGAAAAUUCCACAAUUCUAAUUCAUACUUUCUCCGUCCACUCCACGCCCCGCUCUCUCGAGUCUCACGACCCGAACCACACGCCCAAAUACAUUUACCAAAAACUCCCAUCGCGCCAAUCACAGCCAGCCACGAAACUCAUCGUAGUGGGCCCCACAUCAAGCCCACGCCAUCCCAGCCGUACACCUCUCAGUCAGCCCAGCUAAAGUCCAAUUGUCAAAUUUCUACCCAAAUGAAUCAUUCUUUUCCUCCUUUUUUUGCUUUAAAAAAAGAACCCUGCAGAAAUUUCCCUGAACCUCACUCUCCCCCACCUUUCCCUUUUUUUUUUCCUUUUCUUAAUAAUUUACAGUAUUCAACCUUCCUAUUAUUAUUAUUAUAUAUAUAUAUGCAUCUAACCAAAUCCUGCCCGCCCCUUAAACACAAAAAAUGGCGAACCUCGUCUGGACCAAAUCAAAGGAACAGCAGCAACGCAUCCCCAAGAAUAUCGCCGGCGCCGGCGCCGUCAGGUGCAGGAAGCACCCGAAGCACCGCCAGUCACCGGGCGUGUGCUCCGCGUGUCUCCGCGAAAAGCUCUGCCAGCUCCCCGCCACGUCAUCGCUCCGCAAAUCAGAGGAGUUCGAUUCGGCGUCCACCGAGUCCUCCUCGUCGCUGUCUUCCUACAGCAGUUCGUCCUCGUCUUGCUCCUCAUCACGCGCCUCCCCGGCGCGUCGGCGGCGCGGAGGUAACGGGUUGUCUCUUUCUCAGGUGUUGAGGCUGGGAAUAAGCAGCGCCGGUCAGAAGAAGAAUGACGUGCGUGUUAUGAGGAAGAGCAGAUCUGUGGCUGUGGGUCCCGCUAACGGCCAGCGGGACGGCGGCGAGGGGGAGGGGAAGGAGAAGAAGAAGAAGGGGUUUUGGUCGGUGCUGAGGCGGCGGAAGGAGGAGAGGCCGCCGGCGAGGUUGGGGCAUUCCCUCACUAUGCGCGACGUAUUCCUGAUUACUACUAGCUAAUUAAGCUAGUUUGGUGGAUUUUGCUUCCACUUCGUUCUUUCAUUCAAAUUGUUUUUUUUUUCUUUUCUUUCCAGAGUGAAUCUCAAUUUUUAUAUUAUUUUUCAGAAAAUAAUGUAUUAUAAUUUUGUUUCUCAAUUUUGUAAAUAACAUUUUUUGUACUACCUUCCAAAUAGAUUUAAUUAAUUAUAUAUUUGUGAAUAAACUUGUUUGGGCUUAGAGAAGAAAAAACAAGAUUUGAAGUAUAGGAAGGAAACACAAAUUUGAAACACAGGUACUUAAAGAAAGUCCCAACCAAUAAAUAAGAGAACUAAUAGAAGAACAAACUAUAUCUAUUAACUAAAUUAUAGUUUUCAAACAAGUCAACAAUAGUUUAUUCUAAUAGGACUACCAUUAGUCUUUAAUUUAGAGGUUGUAAUUUCGAAUUUCUUAAGUAACACCUAUCAAUAAAGAAGAAUGAUCGAAUGUUGAUCAAUUAUUUGGCAUUGAUAGGUCUGUAUUUGUAUAAUAAACUUCCUAUGUAACUCCUAGUUCACAAUAAGUCUUGAGCUCGAUACACUUUCAGCCAGCUAUGAGAGGUAACAAAAACUCAUGAAUGUUUGGGUUAAUGACACAUAUGGUCACUUAGAUUAUUAAAUCAGGUCAUGUAAAUGUCACAAAAACAUAUGAAUGUUUGAAUAAAUAAAAAAAUUUAUACAAAUCUUUUUUAGAUUUUUUUAUAUUAUCCAAACUUAUCGAAAUACUAAAAAUUAGCCAAAUAUUAACUUUCAGUUUGCAAUUUUGUUAGUAAUAGUGACUUGACAACAUGAUAUUGACUUGGGAGAGACUCAUGAAGGUCAACAUUCCAACAUUUUAGUAUUUUAACUAAGAAAAGAGUUACAAAAUUGUUAACGAUAACGUAAAAAUGACUAAUAUUAUGAUACAUUAUGAGAGAUUUGGAUAAUUAAUAGGAUUUUAAUAGGUUUGAGUAAUAUAAAAAAAUGUGAAAAAGUUUUGGAUAAAAAAUAGACAUUACCCAAAAAAUUAAUAUUAAUUUUGGUCACUCGAAUAGUCGAAUUACUGAAAUAUGUAACAUUUAGUCACUCUCGCGUUAGUUUCACGGAGAGUAACUAAAUGUCACUCUAACAUUUAGUAACAUUUGGUCACAAUAGAUCACCGGAUAUUUUGUGCAGCUGACUAGAUUUUGGAGCUGGCGAGGAUGUUUUUUGUUAAGUAUGAGAUGACGCAGAAUUUUGUACGAAUUCUUCUGGCGUGUUGUUAAAACACUUUUUAAUUUCCUUAUGAAACUUCAAUGGAUCAUAUCUCAUUCGUUUACAUCAGAUUUAAAAAAAUUUGCUUAGAAAAAACAUAUUUUUGUGGUCUACAAGAUGAUAUAUCUUUUAAUAUUUGUGGAACAAAAAUUUUUACGUCAUCUUACCACUGUCAUAUCUUGAUAUUGUCAAGAGCAGUUGAUCCACUCGCUCGAGCUAUUGGGAGAAGGUUAAUUAUGGAUCUUAUACCAAUUUCUAACAUGCCUCAUCGAACGAAAGCUAGCCAACUCAUAUGUGAUAGAAGUUUAUAGAGGUCUGAAUACCAUGUGCUUAAUAAAUGAGGAUUACCGGUGGUUGAACAUAAAUCCUCUCAAUUACAGAAGGCUCUGAUACCAUGUCAACAACCAGUUGAUCCCAAUAACUCGAGUUGUAGGCAGAAGAUUAAUUAUGAAUUUUAUAACACUCUCUAAUAGAUAAUAUCAUAGUGUGAUAAUAGCAUAAUAUGAUAUUGGUAUGAGGGUGAUGCCAGUCUUACUAAAGUGGUAAGAUGAUGUUAUGACACCGUCGUCAUGCUCAAAUAUAGGAUUUGUAGUAUUAAAUUUUGUAAUUAAUCUGCUAUCAUAUAAUAUAUUAGUCAAGAUACAUUAUAUGUCAGCAUAUUACCAGUAUGACCGUAUAUUCAAAACUCAUGUUUGGAAAUUAUUAUUGUAUUUUCUCGUUCAUUUAAUGUUUCGCGUACUAAACACGGAUAAAUCAUUUAGUCAUUAGUGCACGAAUUUGACGGAUGUAGUUGAUUAUAUAAUAACAUUCACUAUUUUAAUUUACUUCUAAAUUCAAAUUUCUUAAACAUUUCAACAUUAGAUAGAAAUAGAUCAUUGGAUACUCGCAAACCAAAGUUUACAUCAAUGCUUGCACUAAGAACAAAAAGGAGGGGGAAAAUAUAAAUUAGAAAUUGUGGAAUUUUCAGACCAACAUUACUAUGUCACUAUCGCAUAAAAGUUUCAAACUUCUUCUCAUUUGCUGCAGGGAUCUUCAAGUUCAACCCUAACCGGCCGGCGGGCCAGCUGGUCUAAUUUGAUUUUCCUUUCUUUUCCUUUCCCUUGGAAUUCUCCCCGUUUUCAGACUAAUCAGAAACUCCCAGCUUGUGCUUUGACGGCUCGGUCGGGCGGUUACUUUAAUUUCCCCCUCGUCAAACCUACUGAUCCAUAAUAUAGCUUCUAGGCAACUUCGUUCGUCUCUGCAGGUUUUUGAAUUAAGUUCAAUUCCUGCCGCCGAGCUGGCGGCAAAUCAAUGCUCUACACAUUUACACAACUAGCCAACUCCUCACGAUAUCGCCCUUCGUCACGUACAGCACGGCUCAGGUACGGUCCAAGAUAGGGUCAGUAACCACACGGGAGCCGUAGAUCUGGGGAUGGAGCAAUCGUGUGGCUGGGUCGGAUGCGGGGUGGGGAGGGGCAUUUUUGUCCGUUUUUGUAUUUUUAAUUUUUUUGUAUUUAUUCCGCAUUUCAAUGGCUGACUUUUCAAUGAAAGAGAGAGAAUUGCAUUUUCUCUGCAACUCAAUUUUCUUCCUUCUCUCCUCCUUUUUUCAAUCUCUUUCCAGAUCUUUUCUCUUUCUCUAUUCCUUCUCUCUUACUUUUUCUCUCACAAUCUCCUUUUCAAAUCUAGAUAUGCUCUCUUCCUUAUUCAUUUUUUUCUCUAGCAAUGGACUAUUAAAAAUUGUAGCCACUUUCUUUCAUUGCAUUUCUUCUCUUCAUCAACUCGUUGGCCUCAAUUCCGAUCUUUCUCAUUUUUUUGGCAUUUUGGUGUUCUUGAUUGAGGAAGAGGAAAUGAGAGGCAUCAGAAGACGAUUUUUUCUCUCCCUCCUUCUGUUUUUUUUCCUUUUAGAUAAUAUAUAUUGAUAUUAUGACUCUAUACCAUAUGGUAUUGGGUGGUAACGAAAUAUAUAUUGAUAUUACCACACUAUACCCUAUGGUACCCUAUGGUAUUGCGUGGUAACGAAAUAUAUAUUGAUAUUACCAUUCUAUACCAUAUGGUAUUGUGUGAUAUUACCACACUAUACCAUAUGGUAUUGUGUGAUAACGAAUAUAUAUUGAUAUUACCACACUAUACUAUAUGGUAUUGGGUGGUAACGAAAUAUAUAUUGAUAUUACCACACUAUACCAUAUGGUAUUGGGUGGGAACGAAAUAUAUAUUGAUAUUACCACACUAUACCGUAUGGUAAUGUAUGGUAUUGCGUGGUAAUGAAAUAUAUAUUGAUAUUACCACUCUAUACCAUAUGGUAUUGGGUGGUAACGAAAUAUAUAUUGAUAUUACCACACUAUACCAUAUGGUAUUGGGUGGUAACGAAAUAUAUAUUGAUAUUACCAUACCAUGUGGUAUGGUAUUUAAUACCAGUAAAUACCAUAUGGUAUAGACUGGUAAUAACUGGAAAAAAUUUUUAUGUCCAAAAAAUAUCUAAGUGGAUAUCAUUUUGAAGAGCACAAUUAAUCUGAUCUAACUGUGCAAAAAAAAAUUAAAUUCCGACUUAAAAUGAGUGAGAAAUCGUCCGUUAAAAAUUAAGAGAAGAAAAAUUAAAGAUUUUUCGAGCAGAGAGAAGGAGGCGCUGAUGUGGUCCGGUCAAAAGUCAGCGUCAGCAAUAAAUAGGAGUAAGUGCAAUUCUACUUUUCUGCCCUUCCGCAUUUAAUUUAAAUAAAAAAGGGGUCUGACACGUGGAGAUCAGAGAAUGAGUUACUGAUGGGUUACUGACCCAUCAGUUACUGACAUGAUCUACUCCCCUCAGGUACAGGAGAUAGUGCAUAAUUAAUUGCAUAUAUCAAUCAUUAUCUUAUUUAAAAUAGUUGAGAGUUAUUUAUAUCUAUAUUCACACAUGAAUCGGAUAGAAUAUCAAAAUCAUAUCCAUAUUUGAUCGAAUUUCGAAUAUUUACGGUUUUUCAUAAAUAAUGAUUUCUUUUUAUAAUUAACUUCGCCUAACAUGUUCACAAUUAUAUAUAUAUAUGUACUGAGAAAACAUAUGCGAAAAAUUACAAUUACAAAUUACUAAAAUGAGUUAAAAACAAUACGAUGUCAUGAUAAAUAUCAAAUAAUAAGUUGAGAAAAAUAAUGAUCAUUUUGAAACUAAAUACAUAACAUGUGUAUAAUUUGGCGGGUUCGAGUUGGAUAGUAGGAUAAAAUCAUGUCCAUGCAUAAUCUGCAAUAUUCAAUUUCGAGUUGGACAGUUGAUGUGAUUCCAUUGUUAUCACACAAAUUUUGAGUAUAUCUAACUAACAUGAUAACAUUUUUAUAAAUAAUAUUAAGGAUUGGAGAUUCUACGGAAAGAGUCAACGAUAAAAUAUUUUAUGCUGAAAUCAUAUUUUAAUUAUGGUUCAAUCAGGGGCUGACCCAUGCAUUAGCAAGGUGUGUCAACCGACACACCUUGGCUCGGAAAUUUGUGAGAGAUCCAUGUUUCGUUGAUACAAAAAACUUGAAUUCGGGAUUUCUGACACACCUCACAUAAUUGCAAUCGACACACCUUUAAAACACUACAUUAAUUUUGAUGUCAUAUAGCAAUAGGUACCAAAAUACACAAAUAUAUAUUAUUUAUUUUAAUUUUUAGUGAAAAUGUCGAGAGGAAGAAAUCCACAACCCAUGGCUCACAGUUCUCUGUCCUCUGCUCCACUCUCUAAUUGCUAGCAUCUUCCGGUGGAACCUCAUCCUCUUUCAAACUUUUACGUUAAUGCCUGUCGCCAGCGUUUUUUCUCUCCAUUUUAUGUUGUGGAGUUAAUCAAGAGCGAACUUCAAAAUAAGUUUUUUGAAUGAAUUUUUACUUUUGUACGUCGAAAAAAGUUUGAUCACACCAUAAGCGACAAAUAUAUUUUACAAACAUUUCUGAAUAUGAAAAGUUGCCGUGUGUCACUGUGAAAAAUAAUAAAUUACGACCUUAAUGAAUUAAUAUUUUAUUUUACUUUUUAUUUAAUACAUUUAAUUUAUUAAUCAUUUUUUGUCUUCUGACACACCUAUCAAAGAAUCCUGGGUCUGCCACUGGGUUCAAUCCAUUCUUACCGCCAAAUACAACCUACCAAUUUAGCCUCCAAUAAAAAAAAAUCUUAUCAUAUAGUCGGUACGAUUUUUCAAUCAUUGUAAAUAAUAUCAAUACGUAAAUCCAAUAAUUUCCCAUAUCAGCAUGACGCUAGCCGGAUUGUUUAAUGGAGUUUUUGGCAAAAUCAAGAACCAUAACAUGAUCAGCCAACGACGAAGACAAUUAGCAAAACAGUGCUGGCAUGAACACGUACUUUCCCCCCUCCCUUUUCUGAUCAAUAUUCCUGAAUCCUGACACAUAACUUACCUAAAAGAUAUAUAUAUUUCCGACACAUAUAUUCAGUUCUGUUCAUUCAGCAUGCAAAUCCAAAGGGCCGUUCCAAAACACUUGAUCUUCGUAUCAGUGUGUGCAUGCCAUGCAGUGCGAAAAGUUGAUUACUGUACACAUAAUUAAUUUGAACAAUUUAUUAUUUUCAUCAUUACCAUUAAAUAAUCCAUCAAGAUUAUGGGGUUAUUGUUUGGAUCUGAGAUUCUUUUUUUUUAUAUACAAAAAGUAGUAGUGCUGAGAAGAAUCAUACAUGCAUAAGCCUGUGCACAUUUGAAAAGAAAAAAAAAAGGAUUAAGGAAAAGGAAACAUAAGAGAAUCUACAUGAGAUGUAGAUGCAUUUUAAGAACCAUACAAAGGGAACUAACCCUACACGGUUGGUUGGCGACGUAACAAAUUGAAUUUAUGGUUGUGUAUUAAAUGAUCCCUUUUUUAUAAGGUCAUGGAAUUGUAUAUAGAGGCUUGAAUUGAUGAGAUUGCACUCGUAUCGAUCUCAUAGUUAUUGUUCAGGAUGACCGAAUGUCUAAUCGGUGAUUGGAUUUCUUGGACAUUAUUCUGGGUGUAAUAUCUCAUGAGUUUCUCCUAAGGUGGCCCUUGAACACAAUUGCCUUCUUAACCACCUUUAAUAUUGUUCAAUUGGUAUUGUUCGGCCAUGACAAGAAAAACACUCAAAAACACCGGUGAAAUGCAAAGGUGUGAUGGAAGGAGAAAAAAAAAGAAGUAAAACCAGCAAGAAAGUAAAUGACAAAAAUAGUAACUUGAUUUCUUAUCACACAAUAACCUGAAGUCCCCGACAAUAGCAUCAAAAGGUUAAUUGUUGUCGACUUAAGCUCACUACACUAACCGAGAAAAAGUGCACCCUAGAUUAAUGAAGCAGUAUAGUGGAUACUAUGGUCAUAUUCCACAGUUCUUUGGUAUGUACUACUACUUUGAUGCCUAUUAUUUUGCCAGUAAAUUGAUGAUUCAAUUACUCUAAGGAAGCAAAAGUAAACUAAAUUAGCAAGUAGGUGUAACUCAAGAUUGAGAAGGUACUUGGUAUUGGAAUCCCCCCUCACCCUAGGAUAGAAUCAAUUUGUAAAGCAUUCUCAUGUAAUCACCAUAAGCCUUAUAUGACGCAAGGAAUCACAAAGUUAAGUAAUUGAGUCAAAAGUUAUGCACUCAUUACUUCUUAAAUAGACCAAUUUGCUCAAAAUUGAUGCAACCAAAAGCUAUAUAUAGAACUAGGUCCAUAUUUUCCUAUUUUGAUUUUACCCCUUAGCAGAUGAAACCAUCAUUCUAAAGUCAAGUCUCAACUUAUCUUAAAGUCAAGUCUCAACCUAUUUAUGAACUUAUUGUUAAAAUGGUAUGAGUUUCUCAACUUUAGACAUGAAUUACAAGUAUUUAUUAACUUAUCUAAACUAUGUCCACUCAUAUUUUAUCGUACUUAACACAUUUUUCGUUAUAUUAAAGUAUGCGUAAAAAACUUACGUUUUUACGCUUUGAUUCUACGCUUUACGAUUUUACCCAUUUUCCGCUUCUAGGUAGAAUCGCGUUUUUGACUGCAUUGUGCAAAAUACCCACAAUCCUUUACAUAAGCGACGGGAAAGACAAGAUCACGAUAAGAGAUUAUGUAUCUGAGCUCAUAAGGGUGUUCAUGAUCUAAAAGAUGGUAUCACAUUGAUAAAUUCAUGACUCGAAAUUUGAGCAUCACAAGCCAAGAAAUCAAGACCAAUAUGGAUGCCCAUGAUCUAGCCCCUUCUGGUCGUGAUCCUUUUUUUUUUUCUUUCUUUUUUGUCUUCAAUCAACCUACAUGAACUUUAGGACACGGUUAAUCCGUUCAAGGCCAGAGAUCAUGACUGUUAUCUUCUGAAAGUCUUUCUUUUGUCUUCUAGACUUACACCUCAAAGCUUGAAUCAUGCCCAAAUACAUUUAUUUUUAGACAUAAAAAUAUGGCAAGCAAAACAUCCUAGGCUAAAAUGGAGCAAUUAUGGAAACUAUUAUAGUGACUUGAUCAUGAUAACACCUAAGAAUGAGGGGAUAUGAAAAUGCCUCAUUUGUGCAUCAUCAACCAUUGUUUUCUUCAAAAGCCCAAUAAUCAUUGUGAACCCAACCCUGUGCACACCCAGGCCCUGCCCGUAACGGCGUAACCCCCUUCAGCUCGCAAACAUCCUAUUCUUAUCCUCUACAAAUUUUAAUUAAUCUCAACCCAAUUGACCAUUUUACCUCGACCUAUUUGAAUAUCACGCCAUCUCCUUAGAUUCCCAUGUUUCCAUUUUCAUAAAAUAAUUUCGGUUGUGUCGAAGAAGAAAGAGAAGAACGGUAACAAUUUCUUAUGAUUAUCAAGUCGCGGUAUGCACUCUUCUGACUCUCCCUCUCCGGGGUUCCCUUUUCUAGUCUCCCUCUCCCAAUUGGUGUAUCUAUACGCCGGGGGGGGGGGGGGGGGGGGGGGGGGGGACGAAUCUAACUUUGCCCCAGUCUUGAGUCUUCGUCCUCUUUCUACCUCCAUCAAAGAUUCGUAGCUCUUUGAUCGUUGUGCAUAAAAAAAGUUCAAAGUUUAGUUACCAAUCCAUCAUCUAUCAACCGAAAACAUACAAGUAGACAACUCAUAGCCAUGUAAGGGUGAGUUUGGGUAGAAGGAUUUGGGAUUUCAAAUUAUUGCAGAAGAUAGAGCCACAUGUCAUGGACUCAUGGCCAGGAAAGAGUCACGGCCAGAAAGGUACGCCUUUGAGAGAACAUAUGGAACAACUUAAUUGCAUCUUGUUAGAUUUGCGUAAUAUAGAUGUUAAAGUUGAUGACGAAGUUGUUGCCCUAAUACUGCUUGUUUCUUUGCAUAGUUCAUAUGAGAAAUUUGUAGAUUUUUUUAUUUUUGAUAAAGAUAGCUUGUCAUUGGAAGAUGUCAUAUAUGAUUUUCAUACUAGAGAGAUCACGCAUAAGACAUCCAGAUCUGGUAUAGGUAGGUGGAAAGGGAAAGAAGAAAUCUGGUAAAGGAACUUCGAACAUGAACUGAAAUUAUAGGAGUCUCAGUCCAUUGUCAAGUGAUGCCUGUCACAUCUAUAAAGAAGUGGUUACAUUGGAAGUACAACUGUCCCAGAAAGAAGACAACAGAAAAAUCAAGGUUCGAUUGUCGUGGCAGAAGUGGACAAUAGUUCCGAAGAUAAUCUCGACUUGGUUGUAGAUGAGAAGGCACAUCGUGGUGCUGUGUGGUUUCCGAAUACCGCAACCUCAUAUCACAUGUCUCUGAAUAAGGAUUGUUUCUCAAUCUACGAGUAGAUAGAUGGUGGUAACGUGGUUAUGGCCAAUGCAAUUAUUUGCAAGGUGGUUGGAAUCGGGUCUAUCAAGAUUCGGACACAUGAUGGUCUGUUUUGUACCAUGAAUGAAUUCAGGCAUAUUCC